GCAUGACCAACGUCAAGUAUAAAGGGAAUAACAUGGUGCUGUUGAGUGCAUGUUUACGUUAAGAGAGGACAACAGAAAGCGAUUUAAUAGCUUACGAGUUUCAUUGUAAAACGCCUUUUAUAGACUAGUUUUUUAAUUCACUUUAUUUUGGUAUGUGAUUGACUAACUACUAAUGUGCCACUUGUCCCAAUGGAAAGGGGGUUUCAGUUUGGAAACGUGUGCACAUCCCUGCUGUUGCUGCUUGUUUUGAGAACGUUAACGGUUACUUUGCAAAGUCAGUCUCUCUCAGAGAGAGAACUCGAAGUGGCUCCGGCGCCAAACACCGAGACGGCGGAACAUGCUGCCGUUAUGGAGCGGCCACUGGAUAGCGUCGGAGGAGCCCCUGGCAUCGGAGAAGUGACCGUAGAGGACGACGAGUACAGCUCGACCGGGGAGAGCGAAGAGCCGCCUGGAGACAGCGACGCAAACUUCCACAAGCAGCGGAGGGCUCUGGUGAUCAUCAGCACACUUGAUGGGAGAAUCGCCGCUCUGGAUCCUCUAAACCAGGGACGCAAGCAGUGGGACCUGGACGUGGGCUCAGGAUCUCUAGUGUCCUCUAGCCUCAGCAAACCAGAGAUUUUUGGGAACAAGAUGUUCAUUCCCUCUCUGGAUGGAGCUCUAUUUCAGUGGAACAGGGACAGGGAGAGUAUGGAGGCUGUUCCAUUCAGUGUCGAGUCCCUGCUGGACUCCUCGUACCGCAUCGGAGAGGACACUGUGCUUGUAGGUGGCAAGUCCCUCACCACAUAUGGCCUUGGCGCAUACAGCGGCAAGUUGAAGUAUAUUUGUUCAGCGGUGGGCUGCAGUCGGUGGGGGGAUGAGGAAGGAGAGCCAGAGGACGUACUGUUACUCCAGAGAACACAGAAAACUGUCAGAGCCGUGAGGCCUCGCAAUGGGUUUGAGAAAUGGAACUUCAGUGUGGGAAACUUUGAGCUAAAAUUCAUCCCUGAGAUUCAGUCCAACCUUAACUUUCUUGAGGGGGAGGCAUCCAAUGGGGAGUCAUGGCGAGAGGUCAGACGUGAAGCACAACGCGUCAUCCAAGAGGAGACGGACGCACAAACCAAAAAUCAUGCGCAUCCAAACUCGCACACUCAGGUAGAGGGCUUAGACCUGGUCAUUAAGGUUUCAGUGCCGGACUGGAAAGUCAUGGCCUUCAGCACCAAACCAGAAGGACAGCUGAUCUGGGAGCAUCAGUUUUGCACACCCAUCGCCUCUGCAUGGUUGGUAGGAGGGGGGAAGGUGACUCCCAUUAGCCUGUUCGAUGACACCUCGUAUAACUCCCACACUGAGACUGAGACUCAGGAGGACGAUGACAUCAUGGAGGAGGCCCGUGGGGCCACAGAGUCCAGCGUUUACCUGGGAAUGUUUCAGGGUCAGCUGUACCUCCAGUCCUCUGUGAGAAACUCUGAGAAGUUCCCAUCGAAGCCCAAAGCUCUGAACGGGUGGAGCAGUAACACCGACAUGAUUCCACCACCUACGGUCAAAUGGAAACCCCUUAUCCACUCCCCUUCCCGUACUCCAGUCCUGGUGGGCUCUGAGGAGUUUGAUAAAUGUCUGAAUAAUGAUAAAUUCUCUCAUGAGGAGUACAGUAAUGGAGCGCUGUCAAUACUGCAGUAUCCAUAUGAUAAUGGAUACUACUUUCCGUACAGUCCUCGUUACCGUAACCGGCGCGAUGAGACGGCAGUGAGUGUUCUGCUGAAGAAAGAUGGAGAGGGGUCACCGGUGAGAAGGAAGGACCCUGUGCUGCUGCUGCCGUGGUGGAAAGAGAUUCUGGGCACCAUCAUCUUCUGCAUCGCUGCCACCACCUACAUCGUCCGCAAGUUCUUCCACCCGCCCACAACAUACGUGCGGCAAAGAAAGGAGUCUGAGACACAGUGUCAAACUGACAGCAAGUCUGAACUGGACAUUUCAGAUCCCAAUGAAAUUGUUGUCGCAGAGGCACGUCCUUGUGAAUAUGUUUCUAGAUACUUGACAGACUUCGAGCCAGUACAGUGUUUGGGACGUGGUGGAUUUGGUGUCGUGUUUGAGGCACGCAACAAAGUGGAUGACUGCAACUACGCCAUCAAGAGGAUCCGUCUACCCAACAGGGAGUUGGCUCGGGAGAAGGUCAUGCGAGAGGUGAAGGCUCUAGCUAAGUUGGAACACCCAGGCAUCAUCCGUUACUUUAACGCUUGGCAGGAGAGCCCGCCCCAGGGCUGGCAGGAGGACAUGGACAAACGCUGGCUCAAAGACGCAAGCACUGCUGACUGGCUGCUGAGCUCUCCUGACCACAUGGAGGCGUUCUCAGUCAAGGUUCCUGUGGCCACCCCUUCUCCGGUGGACACCUCAUGCAUGUCUGUGGCUGGGGGCGACACGAGUGUGUGUGUAGGGGAUCAGGUGUGUGUGGAGGGCCUGGGGCUGGACAGUAUGAUGUCAGAACGUGACAGUCAGGCCAUCCUGGAGGUCUCCGAUUCUCCCCACUCCUUUGAGCUCUGCCCUCCUCGCACAGUUACUCACGGUGACUGCACCUCUUCCUCCUUCGACAUCGUCUUCGAGGACUCAGGCUGUGAACACCAGGACAAUGACAGUGACCUCAGCGGAAGUACACCUGUGCCACCUGCGUGCCUUUCACAGUCUGGCUCCAAACCUCAGCGUAGUGUGUCAGUGGGACCUCCCUCUUCCGUACCUUCAAGGCCCACCUCUCUGAGCCUGGCCCCCAGCACCCCCUGUCCUGCCACGCGGCCCCCGCUCACACCUAAGGUCUACUUGUACAUUCAGAUGCAGCUGUGCAGGAAGGAGAACCUGAAGGACUGGAUGGCUCAGAGGUGUCUGCCUGAGCUCAGGGAACAUGCUCAGUGUCUGGACAUCUUCCUGCAGAUCGCAGAAGCUGUGGAUUUCUUGCAUAGCAAAGGACUAAUGCACAGAGAUCUUAAGCCAUCUAAUAUCUUCUUCACAAUGGAUGACGUGGUGAAGGUGGGAGACCUCGGACUGGUCACUGCCAUGGAUCAGGAGGAAGAUGACGAGGAGCUGAGUACCCUCACACCAAUGCCAGUCUAUGCCCGUCACACUGGCCAAGUGGGCACCAAACUCUACAUGAGCCCAGAACAGCUGUCUGGGAAUUCUUAUUCUCACAAGGUGGACAUUUAUUCCCUCGGCCUGAUUCUUUUUGAGCUGCUCUGUCCAUUCCGCACCCAGAUGGAGAGAGUCAGGACCCUCACAGAGGUCAGAGCCCUGCAGUUUCCUGCUGCUUUCUGUAAAGCCAAUGUCCUGGAAGCUCAGAUGGUGCUCUGUAUGCUGUCCCGAGUGCCCGCCGAGCGGCCAGAGGCGUCAGAGAUCACCGAGGCCCCUAUAUUCCAGGAGCUGGAGGUGCCCUGCAGAAUCCAACAACGCCCUCGAACAUACAGCGCUUCAUCUGCAGGACGACCGUCGCGUCAGAUAUCCUCCUCAAACUAGAACUCCCACUCAAAGACAGACACAUACUGUGCCUCAUCUGUGGGAUGACAAACCCAACACACAUCAUUCAGACACUACCCUACAGAUCAAUCCACAAACCUCUACAACUGGAACCAAACACAUCGUAACCAUAAAACACGCUGCCUGCUGUGCCGUUUGUGCCAAGGGCAUUCGCUGAUUUAAAAUAAGCUCCCAUCGCAUUUCUUUCAAAUCAUUGUUGACCAAUUCCAUACUCCAGAAGCAUUUGAACACUCCCACACACACACACUUGUUGUAGGAGGAGAGUUGUUGUUUUUCGAGUGCUAAUGAAUGCUGAUAAAUGACCUGCCUUCGGAUGCCGUUCACUCUGCAUGUCUUAAACAGGAAGUCGUGCGACGCGUGCUUUCCAGUCCGCACGGACAAUUGUACGAGUUCUUUUUCUCCUCUAAUGUAAAUAGGCUUAGAUAAUAAGCAACAGAGGCUUUGUGUGUGCACAAGUUCAGAGGCAUUGUAGCCACUCGCUGAUACGGUGUCGGUGGCUUAGGUGCACAGCACUUGAUGAACGUGAGUCUGCGUGUGACUGAGCGGACGUGGGAAUAUUCAAACUGCCUUUAAGCUGGACUUUGAGACACAAAUGACAAAUUUGUGAUGAUGGUCAGUAUGAGACUUAGAAUUGAAUGGUUUUGAAACGGAGACUUUGAACAUCAUUCUGUAAAAUACUUCAUGUCAUUAGCAGCCAGAAAAGUAGUUUACUGUAGGUUAAAUCAUUUUGAAACACAAAUUGUGAUAAUUUUCCAAAAAAAAAAAAAAAAUGAAAAUGAAAAAAACAAUUCUGAAUAAGAAGUGCUUUGACUAAUUACACAAUAAGAAAGGAUACAGCUGGAGGAAUCACUUCGACCAAAUAUUCAGCACACACCCUUAAUUGUAACAUAUCAGGUAAUUACUGAUUGUAUGAUUUUUCUUACCAAUUUUGAUUAGGGGGACUCAAUUUUAUUUUGUAUUGAUGGAAGUUUCUGUAUAGUAACUGCUUUUUUUAUAACUUCUGUGGACGAUUUUCCUAAGAGUGGUUUGAGAGAAUGGUGAUAGAGUGGAUCUUUAUGGUCUCUGGUGAUGGAUUUGAUCUCUGUGGACGUGCCUCUGCACCUUCAGGAGCCGCCUCUGUAUGAAUGUGAAAACAGGUGUGUUUCCUGAACGGGCUGUUAUGCUGCAGAACAGACAAAAGAUUAUGACUUUUGACCCUUAAUCAUGAGGACUGCAUCCUGUAAUCCACGUCAGGGACCACUUGCGAACCCUUCAGCUUUUAACCUGUAUCUGUGAAGACGGCAGCGAGUGCUGAUCCCGUUUGUUCAGAUCACUGUGGCAAAUCCUUCCAACAGCUCUUUCCCUGCCUAAUGAUCUUCUCCAGUCUCGAGGUUUUAUUCAUGCUUGUUUCUUUGUUAAUGUAGCAUUUGGUUCUGACAAUACUGUUCCUCCAGUGUUCUUCAGAUGUUUCGUUUUUUCCUUGUGACGGUUGAUAUCCCAGUUUCAUGUUCAUGUUCUUUAGCCCAGCCAUGUCUCCUGCCGUCUAUGUAAAUAUGUUUAUUUGUUUUUAUUUAUGUUGAGAACAAAAAUCAAUCCGUUGGAUUGGUUUGAGGUAUAAAUAAGGUAUAUGAAUGCACUUCAUCCAGUGGAGUGCGCUGAAUUAUUGUGACUUCUUACAAGUCAGAAUUUAAUAAACGUUCUAUGAUGUUUGUAAA